UGUACAGAUUAUCAACACUCUUGAUCAUACAAAGGUGAUAAGAUUAAAAGAAACAAACAAAGAGUUGAUCUAUGACAUGCAAAUUACUCCUUCAGAAAUAGCUCCCCGUACUUCAUGGUCCGUAGCCCAGUUUCUUUCAAACACAUGCAAAUUAAUCCUUCGGAAUUGCAUUAUAAUUAUGUUAGUGCUGAUCACUCCUGUGAUGUUGCGCACAUUAUGCAUCAGAGUACCACCUAAGUUUAUUAUAAACUUUACUGCAUGAGAUUUCUCCUUUGACAUAUUCUCCUUUUUGCUAACUCUAAUGAUAGAGAAUGUUCUAGCAAAGAAAAGGAUCAAUAUUUUGCUAAUGCUCAUUGUGUGAAUAUUGUGUGAUUUUCAGGUUUCACUAAAACCAGGGCUCUGAAUAUCGUGUGAUUUUUACUCUGUGUGUCAUCCAUGAACUAAUUAGUAUAUGAUAAUUUUUAUGUUGGGUAGAUCAUGAGACCACAAAUGUGGGAGAGGCAGGUGGAAAUACAAAUGAUUACUACAUCAAAAGGUUAAAACCAGAGAUAGGAAUGGAAUUUGAGAAUGAUGAUAUAGCAUAUGAGUUUUACAAUACAUAUGCAGGACAUGUAGGUUUCAGUGUCAGGAAAUCUUGGCAUGAUAAAUCCUCGACGACUAAUGUUAUUCGAACAAAGAAAUAUGUAUGCUCAAAGGCAGGUUACAAGGACAAGAGUAAGGAACAAUGUCAGAGAAAGAGAGCAGAUACAAGAGUUGGUUGUCUGGCAGAGAUGACCAUCAAAAUAAGUGCUAACGGAAAAUAUGUUGUAAGCAGCUUUGAGGAUGCUCAUAAUCAUGAACUCGUAACUCCAAGCAAAGCCCAUCUACUGCGAUCCCAGAGAAAAAUUACAGAAGGUCAAAAGGCCCAAAUUGACAUAUUGAAUGAUUCAGGAAUUAGACCAAAAUCUGGUCAUGAAGUGAUGAGUAGACAAGCAGGGGGUCGACAGUGUCUUAGCUUCGGUCAAAAAGAUUAUAAAAAUUAUCUCCGAUCAAAGCGUAUGCAAUCCAUCCAAGAAGGAGACACGGGUGCCAUUCUUCAAUACCUUCAGGACAAGCUGAUGGAAAAUCCUUCCUUCUUUUAUGCAAUACAAGUAGAUGAAGAUGAGAUGAUAACCAAUAUAUUCUGGGCAGAUGCAAGAUCAAUACUAGAUUAUCACUACUUUGGUGAUGUGGUAUGCUUUGACACAACCUUUAAGACAAAUAGUUAUGGCAGACCAUUUGCCCCUUUUGUUGGUGUCAACCAUCAUAAACAAACAGUGGUUUUUGGAGCUACAUUAUUGUAUGAUGAAACAUCUGAGACGUUUGAAUGGUUGUUUGAAACAUUCAAAAGGGCCAUGUCAGGAAAAGAACCAAAUACAAUAUUGACCGAUCAAUGUGCUGCCAUUAUUAGUGCCAUUGGCAAGGUUUUUACUAAUUCAAUACAUCGUCUAUGUGUGUGGCACAUGUAUCAGAAUGCUGCAAAACAUUUGAGUCAUGUUUUCCAAGGUUCAAAGACAUUUAAGAAAGAUUUUGGCAAGUGUGUUUAUGAUUUUGAAGAAGUUGAUGAAUUCUUAGCAGGUUGGAAUGAUAUGCUAGUGAAAUAUAAUUUGAAAGAUAAUGAAUGGCUACAUAGAUUAUUCCAGAACAAGGAGAAGUGGGCUUUGGUUUAUGGUCGACAAACCUUCUGUGCAGAUAUGAAAUCCACACAAAGAAGCGAGAGUAUGAAUGCACUAUUGAAACGAUACCUGCAUGUACGCCUUGAUUUAUUAGAUUUCUUCAAGCACUAUGAGAGGGCCGUAGAUGAUAGAAGGUAUGCUGAAGUGGAAAGUGAUUUCUAUGCGAGUCAAACAUCACCGAAGGUGCCAUAUGUGCAGAUGUUGAUACAAACUUCGAAAGUAUAUACACCUGCUAUGUUUGAGAUAUUUAAAGGAGAAUUUGACAUGGUAAUGGGAUAUUGUGUGUAUGAGAGUGGUCGUACUGGCUCUAUUUCUGAAUUCACGGUUACCCAUUCAGCUAGCCAAAAUUGUCAUACUGUGAAAUUUGAUCCCAAUGGAUCAAAAGUUUCAUGCUCAUGCAAAAAGUUUGAAUUUGUUGGGGUAUUGUGUCGUCAUGCAUUGAAGGUGUUGGACCACAACAAUAUCAAGGAGUUGGCACCAGAAUAUAUCUUGAAAAGAUGGACAAGGCGAGCAAAAUCAGGGCCAUCAGAAGCAAUUCAAAAGUGCUCUGAUGAUGAAGAUGCAAGAGUUGUGCUAGCUAGACAGUAUGGAUCACUAUGCCGCACUUACAAUAACAUUUUGAGCAAAGCAGCAGCAAACAAAGAGGCAUAUGCACUACUGCAAAGUAUGUCAAUUGAACUAAUGGAAAAGGUGGACCAAAUUUUACAUGGAAAUCAAUCAAAAGAUGAAUCACUAAAUCAUGAACAAGCAGAGAAGCAACCAGUUGAAUGCAACAUUGAGAAUGUAGUCCAAGCACAGGGAAUAAAGAGAAAAGAACCAGGAAGUAGCAACAAGAGGAUUAAAUCUGGACUGGAAUUGAACAAUAAGAAUAAACGUAAUACGAAAGGUCAAGGAGCAACAUGCAAGAAUAAGAGUGGUGAUUGUGCUUCUGCAUCAUCUGCAGCAAAUCCUAGCUUCAACAUAUCAAAUGAGAACUAUAAUUUGCAAGUAAUGCAGCAUGCUAUGCAUCCACUACCAAAUGCUGCUAAUCACAAUUUGCAAGUAUUGUAACAUGCUAUGCCUCCAGUACCAAAUGUUGCGAAUUACAAUCUACAAGUAUUGCCGCGUGCUAUGCCUCCGUUACCACAAGUUGUUUCCCCAUUACCACGUGGACAUAAUUACAAUUUGCAUGUACUGUCGGGUAAUGUGACAUCGGUACCACAACCUGAGAACUACAAUUUGCAAGUUUUACAGCAUGGCUUGCCUCCGCUAUCGCAGACAGACACUACUAGUUUUCAACAGUUGCUUGGUUUGCGACCACAACAACCAUAUUUCUAUCAUAGCACUCAACCGAGCCAGGUAUAAUUGUUUAGUUAAUUGUUAAAAUUAAGACGAGCAUGCGUGUGUCAUUUACUUUUUGAUUAACACUAUGUAGACUUCUCUGGUGUCAUCAUACUCGGGAUGGCCAACGUCUCAAAAUCACUAGCCACCAACUAGCACUCAACCAAGUCAGGUAUAAUUUUAUUAGUUACUCGCUAGAAAUUAAAAUGAACAUGCACAUGUCAUUCACUUGUAUUGACUUUUGGAUCAACAUUGUAUCUAGAGUUCCCAAAUGUUCUCGGACUCGGGAUGGCCAACAUCUAAAAAAUGACCAGCUGCCAAUUAAGGUAUUGUUCACUCACAUGUCAUAUUCAACCAAUUCAAGUUUAUAUCUAACAAGAAAUCAUUUCUUUGUUCUUCCAGGUCUUGGGUAGCCAAUCAAGUCACAUACAAGAUAAACACUUCUAAAUAGCUCUAUAUAAAGUGUGUAUCUCAGGAUUGCUCUACAAAACAGUUACCCUGCAAUGUAAUAAUUUAUCGUACCAUUCCUUUUGAUGUUAGAUGCGCAAUGGUUUUAUGCUCAAAUAAAUUUAUAUACAUGAAUAUGGAUUAGUUGCUGGUUAUUCCUUUUGAUAUGUUAGCUGUGUAACUGUGCUUUUGUUUUCCAAUUAAAUGUGGUCUUGGGCACUACAUUUACUCAAAGGCGCUUUCACCAAUUUGUGAUUUCCACUGUACUGUGCUAUUGAAAAGCAGAGAAGCAGAGAAAAAUGGAUAGCUCUCAUACUUCCAAGUUCAGUAUGAUAGCUAGUUACCUACUACUCCAGUACAGAGCUAGAUGACUUAAUGAAUC